GCUGGACAACGUGUCUCUGGACAUGGAGCACGCCCCCGCCAUCAUCAUCAUUAAAGAGGCUCUCUUUAAACAGUUGUUUAAGAGAGGAGUUUUCCAGUUGCCUCCUGGUUGGAGCUUUUGACACACGCUGACCUUGCUGGAUAAUCAAUUCAGGAUGUCCAUCCUGGAGCGGCUGGAGCAGAUGGAGUGCAGGAUGGCAGAGAUGGCCGCCCGGGACAACAACCAGCAGCAGCAGCAGCAGCAUCACUGUCAUCAGCAGCAGCAGCACCAGAGCAGUCAGCUAGCCACGCCCCCUCCUCCACCUCUACCUGAGGACCACGAACAGACCUCUCAGUGGUUUGAGAGGAGGAUUGUGGGAGUGUGUGAGCGGAUGAUGAGGGGAGGACGAUGGGGAGGAGGAGGAGGAGAGCGGCUUCAUCACUCCGUCCGUCACCGCGGGAUGACGCUGCUCCACCUGGCUGCUGCUCAGGGAUACACACACCUGAUACACACUCUGAUCCACUGGAGGACCGUUAACAGCGACAGUCUGGAUCUGGAACAGGAAGUGGAUCCUCUGAACAUCGACCACUUCUCCUGCACGCCGCUGAUGUGGGCGUGUGCUCUGGGCCACCAGAGGGCAGCAGAGCUCCUGUACGGCUGGAACAGUUCUGCUCUGGGUAUCCCUGAUUCGCUGGGCCGCCUGCCGCUCGCCGUGGCUCGCUCACGAGGACACACCCGCCUCGCCACGGCGCUGGAGGAGCUGCAUACGCAAACACACAUGACGCCCGGACAGACACACACCUGUCCUGCAGACACACACACACCGGCCACACCACAGCCACCGUCUCCUCUGUGCACCAGCCCGAACACAGGUCUGAGCUCUUCCAGCAGCCUCCCCUCCCCCAGCGACCCCUCCUCCCCCUCUCCGAGCUCCGCCUACUCCAGUGGCCCCGCCCCCAUGGACACCUCUCCCUCCUCUCCAUCGUCUCCUUCCUCGUCCUCUUCCUCGCUGCCCGUCUCCCCUCCCUCCCCCUCCUCUCUCCCCCUCUCUCUUCCUCCUGUGUCCAUGUGGGGGGAGGAGCCGAGCGGCGUGCUGAGCUCAGGUUUGAACCCCGGCGGCUCCAGAGACGCUCACCUUUACCUCAUGGACUACGAGAGCGGCAGCCCCCCCUCCCCCAGCCACACUUACCCACACGCACACAUGGCGGGCAGGCGGCGGGCGCACAUGGCGGCGACGCUGGAGGAGCAGCUGCUGAGCUACAGCGAGAACGCCGAGAACAAGGGCAAGGAGGAGUACCUGGAGGAGGAGGUGCUGCAGGUUGACAUGGCAACCCUGGCUGAGCAAAUCAUCGAGGCGACUCCUGAGCGAAUCAAGCAGGAGGACUUCCCCAGGGGGGCGGAGUCUCCACUCAGAGAGAGGAGGGACAACCCGGCCAUACAGGACACCUGGCUGGCUACAUACCUGGACACGGUCGACGCCCACACACACUCCCCGCCCAGGCGGGUGUGCCCCCCUUCGCCCCUCAGCGCUCUGGCCCUCCAGAGGCUCCGCCCCCCCUCCUCUGCGGCGUGGGCGGAGUUCCUGAACGCCUCGGCCAAUGGGAAGAUGGAGAGAGACUUCGCCCUGCUGACGCUGACGGACGGAGAGCAGAGGGAGCUGUACGAGGCCGCCAGGAUCAUCCAGAACGCCUUCAGGAGAUACAAGGGUCGGAGGUUAAAGGAGCAGCAGGACAUGGCUGCAGCCGUCAUCCAGAGAUGCUACAGGAAGUACAAACAGCUAACAUGGAUAGCUCUGAAGUACGCUCUCUACAAGAAGAUGACCCAGGCGGCCAUCUUGAUCCAGUCCAAGUUCAGGUCGUACUACGAGCAGAAGCGUUUCCAGCAGAGCCGGCGGGCGGCGGUUCUGAUCCAGCAGUACUACCGCAGCUACAAGGAGUACGAGAGGCUGAAACAGGCGCCGAGAGGCGCCGCCAGCCACAACCCCAAGAUCAAGGGGUCGUUCUUGACGAAGAAACAGGACCAGGCAGCGAGGAAGAUCAUGAGGUUCCUGAGACGCUGCAGACACAGGAUCAAGGAGCUGAAGCAGACGAGGGAGCUGGAGAGGAGAGGACUGACCACCUAAACCUCGUCUUCACUUCAUCUCCUGGAGGGGAAACACAGAGGACGGACGGACGACAGAGAGACAGAAAGAAACAGAGACGCUUGAUCGUCGUCCUUCAGCAGGUUCACUCACAAGACAGACGUGAAGAGACUGACGGAGAGAAGCCUCACCCAACACCACCUUCAUGCUCUAACUUUCCUCCGUCUGUCUCUGAUUAUCUGUCUGUCUCUCCGUCUGUCUCUCCGUCUGUCUCUCCGUCUGUCUCUCUCUGUCUCUCUCUCUCUCUCUCUCUGUCUCUCUGUCUGUCUCUCU